CUUCAAAGUUUAGCCGCCAACGCCCACAAAUAUGUGGACCCUCCCAUGAUUGAUGGGCAUCUUGCGUACAAAUUAACACCGGAAUUACUCCUCGUGCACUGCAGGCCAGGUUCGGCAAACUUCCAACGGUUUCGACUCCACCCCAAGAGCAAAAAGAUAUACAAAAAAAUAAGUUAAAAGUAAAAAGAAGAUGCGUUUUGGCCCAUUUCAAAUGAAGCCGACUUUCAAUUAGGCAAAAACUUGGCAACCAACCAAAAACAAAGGCGAGUUAAUGAGACGACGACUGAGUUUGGCCCGAGGUGCGAUCGUGACUUCGAAUGUGAAUAUGAAUGUGAGUUGUCAAAGGCGCAGCUGGAUAUGCUGAUUAAUUGCCAUGAGCCAGAUCCUAGCUGGCUCUUAUUAAUUACGAUCCAGCUCCAGAUCGAGUGGAUCUCCAGAUCUCGAUGUGGAUGUGAAUGUGGAUGUGUCGAGGAGACGCGUGCUCAAGGCGUGAAUACCAUCGUCAACAAGCUAGCACCUCUCGCUCUGAAUUAUUGCUGAAAUAUUUACUGAUUUAUUGGCAGCCAACUCGCUUGUUGCACUUUGCACGCCAUACGCGUGUUUUUUAGAGAGGGAGAGGUUCG